AUGGCAGACGAUAAAGUGACGUAUGAUGUCCCGACUAAAUCUUCUCGUCAAAAGUCUUUGUUUUUAUCGUCUGUGAUUCUGGUGUUCGUUUUCGUCAAUACUGUAGUUUUCCUGGCUCUGACAAUUCAUCAACUCAGGAACAUUGGCGAAAUAGAGCGAAAGCUAUUGGUAAAGCGUCAAAAUGUCGAGACCUUGGGAGCUUCGUGUCAGAACAAUGAAUAUUCAAAGGAGAAACUUCUUCAGAUAACUGACUUAUUGCUGAAUAUUGAUCAGAAGUAUUCGGGAUUAGGUGAAAGGCUUCGGAAACGCCAAACAGCGUCCUUAGCAACACUUUUUCAAGACCUUGUACAUGCACAGGAGCAGCUUUUGUUGGAACGUUGUACUCCUGAUACAAUUAUUUGUAUUAAAGGACUGAAAGGAGACCAUGGUAUUCCUGGAGAAAAAGGCGACAAGGGCCAGACCGGAAAUAAAGGAAUGCCAGGAAAUAAGGGCUUUGAUGGCACAAAAGGAAUGCCGGGAGAAAAAGGCGAAAAAGGCAUUAUGGGAGAUACAGGAGAUUUGGGACCAAGAAAUGUGAAUGGGUCAAAAGGAGACAGGGGAAUCUCUGGUGAUAAAGGAGAUGUAGGGAUAGUGGGUGCGAAAGGUGAACCGGGAGUAAAUGGUGUUAAAGGGGCACCAGGCGAUAAAGGCCAGACGGGCCCCAUAGGGAAGCCUGGAUUGAAUGGACCCAAAGGUACUAAAGGGGAACCUGGUAACAUAGGUGAGAAGGGUGUUAAAGGAGCCAUAGGUGACACUGGACCGAGUGGAACUUCUGGAAGUAGAACAAACUGUGACUGCAUGGAUAAACCAAAAUUUUAUGAAAGCAGUAAAACAAUGGCGGUACACUACGGCGAUAAUGUGACGCUAGACUGCUUUACAUCAACAAAACCGGAAGCCACAAUUACGUGGACCAAGACUGAUAGCAAUGGCUGCUUCGCCAAUUUUUCCAAGACAUCUAGCGAUAAGAUAGAACUGGAGAGGAUACAACCUGUAGAUAUCGGAACCUAUCAAUGUUCAGCAGAAAACGUCUUGGGAACAGCAGUUAAAACUAUCACACUCACAACUACAGACAAUCCUGACGUCAUUUCCUGUGACUUUGAAUCCGGUCUUUGUGGCUGGCAUCAAAGUAAAUCAGAUGACGUAGAUUUCUCCAGAAACACGGGCUACCUCAGGACGCCAACAACAGACCAUACCCCUGGAAAAGGAGGAAAGGGUUAUUAUGUUAACAUAGACAGUGCUUCAAUGACAACUGGUCAAACUGGUCAAGUAGAAUCGUUCUUCGUCCCGGCCCACCAGAAACAUUGCCUGAUCUUCUGGUAUUUUAUUGACGGGGCAUCAGGAGCUACUCUUCAUGUUAAAACUAAAGCUUGUAGCAUGGAUGAGGCUACUCUUCUGAAGUUAACAAGUUCAAGGAUGGGUUGGAUGCAGGCGAAAGUCGACAUUCCUGUCGAUAUUCAUGGGCGACAAAUUAUUUUUGAAGCAAAACGAGGCAAUUCCGCCUCUGACGUCGCCAUUGAUGACGUCACUUUGUCCAAUAACGAAUGUCCUCCUGCUGACAAAAAACCAGAAGUAUUGAACAAAAAUACAACAAUUCGGAGUUUUCCGGGAGAUAGAGCAGAGUUACAUUGCAAUGUUACUGGUCAACCUCAACCUAACAUCACAUGGAUCAAAGAAAGUGCAUGUAGCAAAUUCGAGAGAAAUGUACAAACUCUGAUCUUACCAAAUGUAACACAAGCUCAGUCUGGGACCUACAAAUGUAUUGCCACUAACAGUAUGGGGCGAGAUGAAGGUCAAGUGAAACUAGUAGUCAACGAAACACAGACUUGCACAUUUGACACUACAACGGAAUCAUGUGAUUGGAAGAAUAUAGCAUCCGGAGACGACAGGGAUUGGAUGAGACAAAGCGGAAGUACACCUUCCAGUACUACAGGGCCUUCAACUGAUCAUACUCUGGGGACCACUUCCGGUUAUUAUAUGUAUAUGGAAGCAUCCAGUCCAGUUCAAGUGAAUGACACUGCAGUUCUACAGUACAAAACACUGCCUUCUGAUCAACCGUUCUGUCUAAGCUUCUGGUAUCAUAUGUACGGUUCUAGCAUGGGCUCACUGCGAAUAAUGGCAAAGGACUGUGUAACGAAUACCCGAAGUCAGCUAUGGAAAGAAAGUGGAAGCAAAGGUGAUGCAUGGAAAAAUGCUUGUCUUCUUGUGGAACAACAAGGUCACGAUUACAAUCUCCAAAUCGAGUCUGUGCGUGGUCCAAACUACCAUUCAGAUAUCGGGAUAGACGAUGUUAAUGUCAACACCGGAACGUGUUCUUGCCGAAAAUCCAUCAGUAUUGCCUGUAAUUUCGAGAAGGAUAUGUGUCAAGGGCAGGGUUUUGCUGCAAGACAUAAUACAACGUAUGUUUUGCAAUGGACUCGGAUAAAAGGAGUGACACCUUCCGUAGACACGGGGCCGGAUCAUGACCACACCACAGGCACUGGGUAUUAUAUAUUUGUGGAGACUUCCGGAGGCAGUUCUGGUUUAAAAGGUUCAUUUGUAUCUCCCGAGUUACCUGCUAACCAAGAGGCAUGCUUGCACUUUUGGUACAAUAUGAAUGGAGUGGAUAUGGGGAGUCUAGAUGUACUCAUUGAGCCGUCAAAUGGCGGUAGUUCCAACAUUUUUCAUCAGACUGGAAAUCAUGGAGUUAAAUGGAUCGAAGCAAGGAUGACCAUACCUGUACAAAACCACCCAUAUAAAAUAGAUUUUCAGCCAACCAGAGGAGCUAGUUUUCAUGGUGAUGUGGCGCUAGAUGACAUUUCUAUCAAAGAUGGUUCAUGUAGCUAAUAAAAAAAUACACAAAGAAAACGGUUUCCAAUUUUAAUAAAACUGUUUUUACACCAGUUGUACUAAAUUCUGUACAUAGUUGACAAUUUAAAAUACAACAAGAAUAUGAAAAGGUAUGCUGCUGCUUUCACAAAUAAUGAGUAUAAAUCAAAGUAUUUGCUGCUGUACAUUUA